AUGCGAAUUGAAGAAAGCAAAUGCGAUACAGACGAUAGGGAGGAUGAGAUUGACAUUGAAGGUGACAGUAAUCCCUGCUUUCGAUGUCUCCACAUCUCUGGUCACAUUUGCAAGUGGUUUUGGGGCUUUGCUGACGAUCCCUGCCCUGAGGAUGUGCAAUGCUGUUGUUCGUGUGUUUGCAAACGAGCUUCAUCCAUUCAAACCGCAAUUGAAGACUCGGAGCCUCUGCAAUUCGUUCCUGUGGGUCUGAAGCAGAAACGCAGCACCAAGAUUGGACUUUUUGUGGGUUUGGUGAUGAUUGUCAUCACUACUGUCUUUCUCUUCUGCUUCUUCUCCCUCUACUUCGGUCCAAUCUCACGUGGACCACUGAAAAUUAUCGGCAAUACAUCCGUACAGGCAACACUUGAUGCAAUUGAAGAGUUAAGAAGCUAUGGCAUAAUUGCCGACUAA